AUUCUCAAUAAGUACUGAAAUAUUACAAAUACAAAAGGUUUUGAGAAGCAGGUAUAGAAUCAUCUUGAAAGAAUAACAAAUAACAACCAAAAUGGUUGCAUCUCAUCGAUUACUUACGUUGAUGGUGUUUGCUCUCCUCACCAUACCUAUGAUUUCUGGACUAAUUUCAGAUAAAUGUACGGAAGGAUGUAAAAGCACAAUAGGAUGCAAUACAAGAUGCAUGAUGAGAGGCGGAGGGUAUUGUGAAAGCGCUAAAAUUCACGGGGCUGUUAAAAUAUUUUGUUGCUGCAACAAUUAUUCUAAUUCUCCCAUCUCCAGUCCGGUCAUCAAUUGAUUGAUCUCUUAUUCUAUAUGUACUCUCGAUCAUAAGAUAUUAUUAAAAACAUAUAUUUAUAUAAUGAUAAUUGAUAUAA